UCUAGCGGAGCGAGUGCAGUAGUACAAUUCUCUUUCUUGUACUGCGACCGUCUUGUCCACCGCCGCCCCGGCCCGUUGGAAGCCAGGUCCAAAACCGGCGGCGCGCUCCCUGUUUCCCCCUAGGCCACGCCGUUCUCCUCCGUUUUUGCCGCCGGUUUCGGGUCCGAUCGAUCGCGUAUAUAGAGUGGCCUCUCUCUUCUCUCCGCGGAGAUCGAGCAGUAAACAAAUUGCAGAGGAAGCAAAAAACAGAGAAGAGAAAGAAAAGCGAGCAAGGAGCGUAGGGCGAGAUGGCGAGCAGGAAGGCGCCGUCGCUGGUGGUGGCGGCAAGCCUGGGCGCCGUGGAGGCGCUCAAGGACCAGGCGGGCCUCUGCCGCUGGGGCUACGCCCUCCGCUCGCUCCACCGCCGCGCCGUGAUCUCCGUCUCGCUCUCCGAGACCGCGCCCCCCGCCGGUGCCUCCUCCCGGCCAACGACGUCUUCCUCGGCGGCGGAAGUGAGGCUGCACAAGGCCCACCACCUCGUCUGCUGGGGGCCCAACUGAAUGCCCGAUUGGCCCACACAGCGAGAAGCACAUGAUGUUUGUUCGUGCAGAUCGAUGACGCGGCACAAGAAUAUUAACCGGACGCAACGCAGCGCAGCAAGCGAUACAUGUAAGUUUUGGCGAUCGAUGGAUCUUUGUACUGGUAGAUUACAAACCUGAUUAUGAGUGUCUCGGCCUCCUUCUCUGUGUCUGUUGGAAGGAACACAAAUGAAUCGGGCCAGAGAAUGCAAGGGCGUCACUGUGUGCAGCGCCGGUGAACCGAACCGGACCGGCCGCCGGUCGCCUGGCCCCUGUUCAUCAACGCUGCACUCAAUGAUGCCUUUGCGCCUCUUCUAAUUCCUCUUCGCAUCAGUCCCUUCUGGCCAUCGCUUGCUUUGA